AGAGUAAAAAACAAUUUGACGAAGUCUGUCUGGCGACUGCCGGUCAUGGACUGAAUAUACUGAAUUACUGAGGCUAAAAGCGCAAUUUUUGAAUCAAUAAUUUACCAUUUAUCUUACUGGUUUUUAAGAUAAAUAAUAUGGCGAGCGCUGCAAAGCGGAAAGCCUCGGCGGCUUUCGAGGUGAAUGUUACCCCAAAGAAGUUGGCACGGCCAGAUGAAGUGGCAGAGUCAGUGCUUGUGCUGGCACCCUUUCAGCCGCAUCCGAAACUUACUAUUGAAAAUGUUGCUAUUGGCACUACCCGCCGAUUACAACUUUCCGUCGUCAACCCAAAUGGAAAGGAAAUGCAGAUUGAAUUUCUGAACUUGCCGCCGGAAUCGGACGGCUUCAAGUGGAGUGAAACUGAGAUGAGAAUUGCGGGCAACAGCAACGCCGUGUUGACGGUCGAAUGGACGCCGAGUCGCGACUACAAGCCGACACGUCACGUGGUGGGCGUCAGGCCUGUGGGUCCGCGCACUAGAAAUAUUUCUGAAAUUUCACUCACCGUCUCAACUCUCCAGACACAGGACCUGCGUGGCAGAAUGAAGAAGCAGGCGAAGUUGGCAAAAACCGAGAUGAAAAUGAUGACAAGCAGCACUCGCAGCACUGUUCAGCCUUUGCGGGAAAACAACUCUCGUUUGCAGGUGAAAAAGAGCACUUGUUCUGAGAUAAAUUUGUUGCUAGCACAAGACACUGAGCAAGAUGAAAUAGACAAUCGGCGUGCCACGUUCACCAAGACCAAGGUGCGCACACGAAAUGAUGAAAAUGUUCUGACAGAGCAUCAUUGGAUUUCGCCUGUGUUGUCUCGGAAGCCACCCAGUCUCACGCUUACAUCAGAGCACAGCACACCGCUGCCAGUUUUGAGAGCGCAAUCAGUGGUCGACCUCAGCACGCCAGCAUUUUUCAAUAAGACAUUUGAUGUGGUGCCUUCAGCUGACAAGACUACUUGUCGUCGGAGGUCAUCUGCGAGUUUCUCCACUGACAGUUUGGAGAGUGCGACCAGUAAACACUCCAAUAAGUUGAGCUCUACAGCAAAACACGUCAGUUGGGAAAAAGGCUUGCAGUCACAUGAAGACAGACGAUUGACUAGAUCCCAUGAUCAACUACUGUUGUCACCUGAAGUUUGUAUUGCAGCUGAAGUCCGAUUGACAAGAUCUGCCGAACGUCGAGAUGUAGAUUUGUUGAAAGUAGAACUAGCAGCUGAUAUGAGGUGUGACGGUAUUCGUUCUUCUUUAAAACGAUCUCGGCGGUCCUCGUCAACACGUCGUCAAUUGCUGACGCCUAAAUCCCAAACAACGGCACUUUUCGACGAUGAUUUCGAUGCAAAGAUCGACGAACUGUCGUUCAAUACUGAUACAAGUUUUGGACUGGAUCAGGCCAUAGAAAAGAAUAUUGAUGAAUUAUUUGGUAGUGCUGACCUGGGCUUCGAUGAUUUUCACGUGGUCGACAAGAGACCACAAGUCACCGAGACUGUUGCAGGCGUCAAAAUGAAAGCUGAGACACUUCUACAGGAAUGUGAGGGUGAAGAGACUGACUCCAGUACUGUUACAAAGGCGAGAAGAAAUGAGGUUCUGGACGUCAGUGCUUCAGUUGAUUCUAGGACUGCUACCAAGGCUAGGAGAAAUGAGGCUGCUGAUUUUAGUGCUCCAGUUGAUUCUAGGACUGUUACUAAGGAUAGGAGAAACAAUGCUCUGGACUUUAGUAUUCCAGUUGGUCUCACAGAUUCUGGGACCAUAACAAAGGCAAGAACGAAUGAGAUUCUGGACUUCAGUGCUCCAGUUGAUUCUAGAACUGUUACAAAGGCUAGAAGAAAUGAGGCUGCUGAUUUUAGUGCUCCAUUUGAUUCUAGGACUGUUACUAAGGGUAGGAGAAACGAUGCUGUGGACUUCAGUAUUCCAGUUGGUCUCGCUGAUUCUGGGACUGUAAUGAAGACUAGAACGAAUCAGAUUCUGGACUUCAGUGCUCCAGUUGAUUCUAGGACUGUUAGCAAGGCUAGGAGAAAUGAGGCUGCUGAUUUUAGUGCUCCAGUUGAUUCUAGGACUGUUACUAAGGAUAGGAGAAACAAUGCUCUGGACUUUAGUAUUCCAGUUGGUCUCACAGAUUCUGGGACCAUAACAAAGGCAAGAACGAAUCAGAUUCUGGACUUCAGUGCUCCAGUUGAUUCUAGAACUGUUACAAAGGCUAGGAGAAAUGAGGCUGCUGAUUCUAGUGCUCCAGUUGAACAAACUGAUUCCACGAUCAUUACCGCAGAAUACAGAAGUGAGGUUGACUUGAGUGCAACAGAUGGCAGGACUGGCUCUAUAACCGUUACCAAGGCAAACACAGAGGAAAUUCAGAGUGCAACGGAAGGCCGACCUGCUCCCUGUCUAUUGCACGUGUCGCCGCCCAAGCGAAUACGAUUGAAGCCGCCGUCCGACUCGCCCGUAGUGCUACCGCCGCCCUCCAGGGCCGUCAGGCGAUCGACUGUCACCCAACGAAAGCGCCCGGUGAUGGAGAAAUCAGCAGCUGCAGCUGUUGGUCUGAGCAGAAGUAGUAGGAGCAGUUCGCUGACGUGUGUGGAUCAGGCCGACUGCCACAGUAUUAGUAGCGCAAGGUCUGCCUCGGUCAGGCGACCUGCAAAGCCUGCCAACACCACCAACACUAACAAAACACAAGCGUUAUCAGUUUCACGACUGGUACCAAGGCGCUUGCGCCUAAGCAGCACAGAGUCAUCGGUCUCCACCUCUUCUAUGACGUCACUACACACUCUGGUGACGUCACAAACUCCUACCACCUCAUCCAGUGCUAGUAGUGCUUACCUGUGUCCGCCAUCACCCGCUCUUUUCGGCCACCACAUCAUUGAUCUCUACGGAAAUCCAUUUCAUCAAGAUGCUCUAGUCUACCUGGAGAGCAGCUUCAUCGACGAGACCGAAAAAGAUCUGCUGAAAUGGGUGAACAAGAUCCUCUCCCCGCCCCUCGAACUGCAGGCCACCUGCAUGAUGCCCUCUAAGGAGGAGAUGCAGUGUGUGCGAGCUCCUGUCCACAGAAACGCCCAACAGCCUGCUGUCUACAGGCUGUUCUCGGUGCGUCGCGCGGCGACGGCGCUGCUGUUAAGCGGCAAUGUGGCGCCAAUCAUGAGCAAAGUGCACGCCGCCAUAGACAAGGGCACCAUCUCAGUCAGGCAAGACAAAGACCUGCACAGGGACCUAGGUCUGCAGGGCAAAGUGCUGUUUCUGCUGAUGUGCUACAACCCACUGUGGCUGCGAGUGGCGUUGGAGGCAGUCUACGGUCGACCCAUCCCCCUCCACUCCAACUCGGACGUGGUCGGACUAGUCGGCUUCAUCCGACGCAACCUUCUCUCCGACCUCCACCUUACCACCCUCCACUGCCACCCUAAGGUGCCCCACCUUAUGAUGCCGCCAUUCGAGGAAAAGAUGAAGAAAUUUAUUCUGACAAAGUUCGUGAUGAUAGUGUAUUUCCUGGACCAAGCAAAAACGGUGAAGCUUAUAAGGCACGAUCCUUGUCUCUUCUGCAAAGACUCGCCUUACAAAGACAGCCGCUCGAUCCUGGUGGAGUUCAACAAGGAGGUGAUGGCAGGCGGGGACAUGACGCGCUCCCUGUCAACGAUGGGCCUUAAACUGAUGCACCGGCAGACCUACCUGGAGGAGUUCGAGUUCCGCGUGCGCGACCGCAGCGACCUGCGGGAUGGAGUCCGCCUCACCAAACUGGUCGAUCAGCUGCUCAAUGUACGCCUCACCGCCCGGCUGCGUGUGCCCGCUGUGUCGCGCAUUCAGAAGGUGCACAAUGUGAGCUUAGCGCUGACGGCGUUUGUGGAUAAGACGGGCAAGGAGAUAGAGAACGGGGUGACGUCACGUGACGUUGUCGACGGGCACCGCGAGAAGACACUCUCUCUGGUCUGGCAGCUAAGAGACAUUCGCCAGCAGCACGCGGCCCUCGUUCUCGUCACAUACUGGCGCCACAACAAGGACAUGAUCAAGCUUCGCAUGCAUUUCCACCGGCAGCGUCGCGCGGCUCUGGUCAUUCAGAACUGGUGGCGGACGCGACGCGAAGCCUUCUGCAGCGAAAGACGCGCCUUUCUGCAGAAACGCCGUGCCGCCAUCAAACUACAAAAAUGGUGGCGAGCAAAGCAACUCAGGGAGCGAAUGCUGAAGAUGAAGCAGGCAGCGCUGAUGAUAGCUGAACGGAGAAUAGCCAACCUAAAAAUGCGCGCUGACAAAGAAGACUUUUUGCGCAAAAAAUCGGCAGUGAUUUCGAUACAGAAGUGGUGGCGGAAAGGAAGGGAGAGGGACGCGAACUCUUGCCGAGUGGCUAUGCAGGAGCAACGCAGUCACUAUCUCAAAUUGCGAGAGUCAGUUAUUUUUGUGCAGCGGCAAUGGAGAGCAGUUAGAAUCCAAAAACAACAACGAUUAGCACGGAAACAAGUAGCAUUUGCCAGGAGAGAGAACGCUGCCCUGUUGAUACAACAGAAAUGGCGAGCAUACCACAUGAUGAAACUUGUCAGAAAGGAAUUUGUUGAUUUGAAAAAAGCGGUUCAGCUGAUUUCUGAGAAAAGAUAUGCUCUUAUCCUUAUGAGGAAACAAAGGAACGAGUUCAAGAAUCUCAAGAAAUCAGUUGAAUUGAUCUCUGAAAAAAGAAAAUCACUCCUACUCAUGAGGUUGCAACAAAAUGAGUUUAACAACUUGAAGAAGUCUGCAAUAUUUGUUCAGCGUAAAUUUAAGGCAACACAUUUGAUGAGAAAAGAUAGAGCACGCUAUUUGACUCUGCAAAGUGCUGUAUCUAUUAUUACUGAACGAAGAUUAGCUUUAAUUAAUAUGAGAAAGUGUAGAAACUAUUUUAUUAUUCUCAAGAAAUCAGUUGAAAUUAUCUCUGAAAAAAGAAAAUCACUCCUACUCAUGAGGUCACAACAUAAUGAAUUCAUCAAUAUGAAGAAGUCAGCAGUAAUUGUUCAGCGUAAAUAUAGAGCCACAAUCCUAAUGAGAAAACACAGAGCACACUAUUUGUCUAUGAAAAGUGCUGUUUCACUUAUAACCGAACGAAGAUUAGCUUUAAUCAAAAUGAGGAAGUGCAGAAAUGAUUUUAUGAUUCUCAAGAAAUCAGUUGAAAUUAUAUCUGAAAGACGAAAGGCACUUUUACUCAUGAGAUUGCAACAAAAUGAGUUCAUCAACUUGAAGAGGUCCGCAAUAAUUGUUCAGCGUAAAUUCAGAUCUAUGCUGCAGAUGAGGAAAGUUAGAACAAGUUAUUUAUCUUUGAAAAGUGCUGUUUCAAUUAUUACUGAAAGAAGAUUAGCUUUGAUAAAUAUGAGGAAAUGUAGAAGUGAGCUCAUGAUUCUCAAGAAAUCAGUUGAAAUUAUAUCUGAAAGACGAAAGGCACUUUUACUCAUGAGAUUGCAACAAAAUGAGUUCAUCAACUUGAAGAGGUCCGCAAUAAUUGUUCAGCGUAAAUUCAGAUCUAUGCUGCAGAUGAGGAAAGUUAGAACAAGUUAUUUAUCUUUGAAAAGUGCUGUUUCAAUUAUUACUGAAAGAAGAUUAGCUUUGAUAAAUAUGAGGAGAUGUAGAAGUGAGUUUAUGAUUCUCAAGAAAUCAGUUGAAAUGAUCUCUGAAAGACGAAAGGCACUUUUACUCAUGAGAUUGCAACAAAAUGAGUUCAUCAACUUGAAGAGGUCCGCAAUAAUUGUUCAGCGUAAAUUCAGAUCUAUGCUGCAGAUGAGGAAAGUUAGAACAAGUUAUUUAUCUUUGAAAAGUGCUGUUUCAAUUAUUACUGAAAGAAGAUUAGCUUUGAUAAAUAUGAGGAGAUGUAGAAGUGAGUUUAUGAUUCUCAAGAAAUCAGUUGAAAUGAUCUCUGAAAGACGAAAGGCACUUUUACUCAUGAGAUUGCAACGGAAUGAGUUCAUCAACUUGAAGAGAUACGCAAUAAUUGUUCAGCGUAAAUUUAGAGCCACGCUGCAAAUGAGAAAAGAUAGAGCUAAUUAUUUGUCUCUGAAAAAAGCUGCUUCAAUAAUUACUGAACGUCGAUUAGCUUUAAUAAGUAUGAGGAAGUGCAGAAAUGAGUAUCUGAGCCAAAGAUCAGCAAUUAUCAAAUUGCAACUGAGAUGGAGAAGUAAGUUAGCAGUUGAAGCAAAGGCACAAAAGAAAAACGAUGAUGAGUGGUUGGAAAGUGCUAGGAGAGCUGUUGCUAUAAUUUCUGAGAGAAGGCGUGCACUGUUUAUGUGCCGUCAAGCGAGAGCCGACUUUCUCAAGCGCAGAUCUGCUAUCGUAGCAAUACAAAGAAGAUGGCGACAGGUUUUGGUUCUACGACAAGGAAAACAACUUGAAUACUUCAAUAAGCUAAACCAAAGUGCAUGCAUCAUCCAGGCGGCAGUAAGGAGUUGGCUGGCUCGGAAGCGGGAAGAGAGGGCGGCGGCCAUUGUGAUACAGCGCGUGUGGCGUGGAUGGACCUGUCGACGGCGCAUGCGCCGUGAGGGCCGUGCGUGGCCAACUCAGCGCACAUGCGUCACAUCCAGCAACGACACACUUGAGACGAGGACACUGAGAGAGCGGAAGCGCGGCCUAGUGCAGGCGUUGAAUGCUACAAGCUACAGCACCACCCAGUUGAUCAAAUUGCUCAAGGAACUUGGGUUGGUAACUCGGUUGUCGUCACUGCUGUCGGAGGAGCUGGUGGCGGAUGGGGUGAUCGCAGCGCUGCACAACCUGCUGGACACGGUGCUGAUUCGAUCCACGGCCUGCCAGGACGCCGCACUAGAGGUGCUCUCUGUGCUCGUCAACCUCUGCAAACAGCCUAACAUCGCCCAACAAGUCUGGACGAAAUCAGUGGAGCUGAAACUGCCAACGCUGAUUUUCGACUGGGCAGCCAAGGCGGCCAACGGCCUGCGCAACAACAGCAACACAAAGAUGUUCUGCGCAUGCGUCACACUGCUCUGGCUGUGGGCUCACCAGCCGCAACGCAAACCGACCCUUCUAGCGGAUUCGGGCUUCUUUGUGAAGCGCAUUGGCGAACGUGUACGUGGAGGGGUGAAGCCCAGCGGGGCUCGGAAGACACCUCUGCCAUCCACACAGCCCGACUGGGGAUACACGCUCAGGAUCAAUCACCGACCUCGGCUCUUCCAAGACCCUCUACACGCUUGGACCCAACUUAAACUUCUCUUGGAUCUACCCAAAUAGUUUCAAAUUAUCUUGAUCAUUUUUUAUAAAUGUCUCGAUGUCUAUUUUAUCAAAUGAUUUUCUGAUCUUUGCUAGUGCAUUUAUAAACGUAGGUUUAUAUCUAUGUAUAAAAUGUAAUUGUACUUUCUAUUUGUCAUUUCUAUUUGUCAGUUUUCAUUACUUUGAUCAAUUUGUUAAGCCUUUAAGAUAAACUGCUGUUAAGCCUUUCUAAAACACUUGAUUUUAUCAAGUCAGUUUAUGGAGAUAUUUAGAUGUAAUUUGGAUUUUAGUUAAAUACUUAUAUUAUAUUUCCAUGUAAUCUUUUAUUGAAUGACUUCCUGUUUUCUGGCUUUAAUGUAAAAAUACUUAUCUAUGUACAAAUACAAAUAGCCCUAAUACAAUUGCAGUCAAAUCCAAACGUUAUUCCAUAGAAAGAAUAAUGAAAUAUUGCAAUUAUCAGAUUGUGAGUAAUUAUUACUAAGCAUUACUGAAUUGAUAAUUAUCAAAAUCUUAUCAAUUUGAUAAAUUCUAUUUUUCUCUCAGCGGCUCUGCUCAGAAAAAUCAAGCUUUAACUUGAUGGUGGCUCACAUUACCAUAUUAUCCUUGUACAGUAAGUUAAAAUGGAAUAUCAGUUUGUCUUUAGUUGAUGUAUGGAUUAUGAAAUCGAUUUCUGAUGCAAGAGAAAUGUAGGAUUAUCGGAGAGACCAAGAUAAGAUCUAGCAGAGAGACAUCAUCUAGUGGAAUAAAAUUUAUCAACUUGAUAAGAUUGUAAUAAUUGGUUAAUACUGUAAUGCAUAGUAAUUAUUACUGGCAAAAUUACUAUUAUUCUCUAAAAUUAUUAGGGUAUACAUUAUAAACUUGAUACCUAGAUAUGCAUUUUAAAUUUAUGUAUUUCUUAUAAAUUGACAUAGAUUUUUAUAUUUUGUAGUGCAUUGUUUGCUCAGUCUGGAUAAGUGUCAUUUUUAUAUAUUUUCUAUUAUCUAAUUUGUAAAUCAGUAAAAACUAGUAUUUAACAUACAUGUAUUUUUUCAAGACAUUCUUAAAAAUAUUGGAUAGGCACUGCAUAUUCUUGUGAUGAAAUGGUGUUUGAAUUUUGUAAUAAAUUAAGCGAUUAGGUUCAGUACUUGAUAACGCCAUAAAAUUGUCUAUUCUGUGUUAAUAAAAUUGUAUUAUAUUAUCAACUUUGUUAAUUUUAAAAAUUUUGACUUAUUAAAUAAAUGUUGGUUCUUUUUCAAA